AUGGGUGAUAAUUCUAUGAAAUAUAUCGCGUUCGCUGGAAUAGUCACAGCACUAAUUAUAGCUAAUGAAGAAAUUAUCAGGAAAAAGCUUAAAGGUUUAAUUGGGUGGCUGAAAGAAGGUUAGGUUAGGUUUAAGAUGUGUAUUUAUAGUCCCUACUUCCAUGCGUGGCAUUCCUCCGCGCUCCUUGAGGAGCCGUGCUGGCACGAGCGAAAAGAAUGGACUUCCAUCACUGGUUUCUCUGAUCCCAGGCCGAAACCUCUGGUUUCUCGGUAGUGGGUUGCCCUAUUGAGUCGUCAGCCGACUGUUGCUGAGCACCACCAUUUCCAACUCAGCCUUCCGCCCCGAAUUACGCCAGUCUUUGCCUCCGGUUGGCCAGAUCGCCCUCGUAAGAGGACCCCUUUUUAACUGGAGAGACUUGUGCCCUUUGAGAUCCCCAAGUCUAGCUUCGCCUCCCUCUUUCCGGAUCAUCUCCAAGAAAGAACUCAACCCCUUGCGGGAUUCGGGGCUAAGCCACCAAGUAGCCUAGGCAGGUAAAUCACCCUGCCUCUUUCGGACACCGAGUCUGGGCCUCGGCGCUACUGGCAAAAAGAAUGCGAAAAACUGCUGCCCGGGUCGAGUCCCAAAAUCAGCGGAAAUUGGGCUGGGCCUCUCGCCUCGAGGCUAACUCUUCCCUUGAGUAGCUCUCCGCAUCCAAAAACCAUGUCCGGUAUACAUAAGGACAUCCGCCACGGAAGGACGGGUCGCUCGUCUCCGGCCAUUUUAUGUAUAUGGGUGGCUGAAAGAAAAAAUGAGUAAAGAAAAAGUAUAUGUUCCUAAUGAUAUAAGGGAAAAUCCAGAAAAUGACAUAGAAGUAGAAGGGAUGGAGGCAUUAUUAUGCCCGAUAUCGCAUGAGCUGAUGAGAAAUCCUGUGAUUACUCCAUAUGGGCAUUGUUUUGAAAAAUCACAAAUAGAAGCUUGGCUGGACUUACAUAAUUACUGCCCACUAACCCGACAAAAAUUAACAAAAAAGCAGCUAAGGCCUUGCUAUACGUUGAAAUAUGCGGUUGAGCAGUAUAUUCGCCUACAAGAAAAGCUAAACUUGAACAAUAAUUAA